AUGUGGGACUUGUACACCAAGCAGGAGGUGGCUACAUUCCAGCUAGGCUGGUUCCUGUGCGACUGUCCGGGCGCGCAAAAUGUUCUCCACGGAGCCUGGGGUACUAUAGCGUUGGACACACGAUCCGCAUACGAGUUACCGUUGGACGAAGACAUGACUGCAAGCGACUUCCUAGAUGUGUCCGACCAGAAGAAACGUUUCAAAGUUUCCGAAACCACCUCUCAUCAAUAUCAUCCCGACACAGACGAAGAGGACAGUACAGAUGACGAAGAAAUCGAAGUAGUCAGCGAAGCGAACGAGACAGACAGCGACGAAGAAGAUAUUGAUCCGAAUCAUCAGCUUCUCGGGAUGACUUUUGAGGAGUUGGCUCAAUCUCCAGAGGGUAUUGCCACGUCAACCAAGAAAAACCCAAACAGGCCUGCAGCCUACAUCAACAUGAAAACCUACAAGAGAGGUGACCCAGCGUCGAUGUAG